UUCUACGUGUACAAAGAACUAAAAAGAAAAAAUAUUAAAAUAAGUCAUCAAAGACCAUUCAGUAAAGGCCUUGCCUCUCAGAUGAACAAAUAGUUGACAUAGAGUGGGAGGGAAUCUACAGUUUGAAAAGCUAUAUAAAGCAGUGAUAACACACUUCUACAUGCAGACACAGGUGAUGGAGAUCUCAGCUCUCUUUAUUGGCCUGAGAUUAGCUCUGGGUGUGUUUGAACUGAACUCAGCUGUUGUCUUCAAUGGUUCUCAGGUUGGUCUGAAACAAAGGUCUGGGCUCACACAGCCCAGGUCUGGUGCCGGGAUCAGUACUGUGAAAUGUAAGCUGCUGGGGAAAGCUCAUCUACCUGCUUUCUCUAUGGACGGUGACUAUAUUAUUGGUGGUGUUUUCUCCAUACACUACUCCCUGCACACAGUGAAGCAUAACUACACCUCUACACCUGAGCCACUGAGGUGCACAGGGAGUUUCGACUCUCGUGAAUUGCGAUUCUCUCGAUCAAUGGUCUUUGCUAUCGAUGAGAUCAACAACAGCACAGAUCUCCUGCCAGGCAUCAGGCUCGGUUACCAGAUAUAUGACUCGUGCGCUGCAGUGCCCAUGGCAGUGCAUUUGGCAUUCCAGCUUUCUAACGGUGAGGACCUGGAGGUUAACACCAGUGACCACUGCUCACAAUCUGGUACAGUGAUAGCCAUCGUGGGUGAGUCUGGUUCCACACCAUCCAUCAGCAUGUCGCGCGUCUUUGGGCCCUUUAAUAUUCCUCAAGUGAGCCACUUUGCUACGUGUGCCUGCUUGUCCAAUAAGCAGCAGUACCCAAGCUUCUUCAGAACAAUUCCCAGUGACCACUACCAGGCAAAAGCACUGGCGAAGAUGGUAAAGCACUUUGGCUGGACAUGGAUAGGUGCUGUCCAUUCAGAUUCUGACUAUGGCAAUAAUGGCAUGGCUUCUUUCUUGGAAGCAGCGCACAAAGAGGGAAUCUGUGUCGAAUAUUCUGAAUCAUUCUAUCGGACCCACCCACUUAGCAAGAUCCAGAAAGUGGCUGAUGUUAUUCGCAGGUCAACAGCUAUGGUUAUUGUGGCUUUUGCAGCCCCAGGAGACAUGAGGCUCCUGUUUGAGGAGCUGUUGCAGAAACCUUCGCCUCCUCGUCAGUGGAUAGGCAGUGAGGCCUGGGUAACUGACCCAGACAUGCUGAGGUUCACUUUCUUUGCUGGAGCCAUUGGAAUCGGCAUCGAAAGAUCUGUCAUUCCUGGUCUGAGAGACUUCCUGAUGGAUCUGCCUCCCAAUAAAGUGGCUGCGUCUCCAGUGCUGACUGAAUUCUGGGAGAAUGAAUUCAACUGCAAGCUGGGCAAAGAGUCAAGUGUCAGCAGUGAGAAGAGUCAGUGUGAUGGAACUGAAAACAUUCAGACUCUCCAGAGCCCGUACACUGACACGUCCCAGCUUCGAAUCACUAACAUGGUGUACAAGGCCGUCUAUGCAAUAGCACAUGCCAUUCACAACUCAGUGUGUCAGAAAACAAAUUCUACAGCUCAGUGCGACAGACUCACCAAAAUAGGCUCCACACAGGUUCUGACUCAGCUGAAAAAAGUCAGUUUUUCUCAAAAUGGUUAUGAAGUGUCAUUUGAUGCCAAUGGGGAUCCUGUGGCCACAUAUGACCUGGUCAACUGGCAACAGAGUCAGAGUGGCAGUGUUAAGUUGGUGACAGUGGGGCAUUACAAUGCAUCACUGCCAGUUGGCCAGGAAUUCAGCAUCAACAAAAACCUCACCUGGGUGGGGGGUAGCACACAAGUGCCAUCAUCAGUGUGUACUGACAGUUGUCCUCCAGGAACUCGUAAAGUCUUACAGAAAGGGAAACCCAUCUGCUGUUAUGAUUGUGUUCCAUGUCCUGAGGGAGAAAUCAGCAAUUCUACAGAUUCAUCAGACUGCUUCCCUUGCCCAAGGGAGUUCUGGUCUAAUGCAGAAAGAAGCACAUGUUUCCCAAAACCAGUGGAGUUUCUUUCCUUUGACGAGGUCCUCGGAAUCAUCCUGGCUGUAUUCUCCGUUGGCGGUGCCUGUCUGGCCAUUAUUACAGCAGCAGUGUUCUUUCAUCACAGGACUUCACCGAUUGUCAGGGCUAAUAACUCUGAACUGAGCUUCCUGCUGCUCUUCUCACUGGCUCUGUGUUUCUUAUGUUCAUUAACAUUUAUAGGAACACCCUCUGAGUGGUCCUGUAUGCUGCGUCACACAGCGUUUGGAAUCACCUUUGUCCUGUGCAUCUCUUGUGUUCUUGGGAAAACUAUGGUGGUGCUAAUGGCCUUCAAAGCUACACUUCCUGGUAGUAAUGUCAUGAAGUGGUUUGGUCCUCUACAGCAAAGAAUGACAGUAGUGUCCUUCACAUUUAUUCAAGUUUUAAUAUGUACUAUCUGGUUGGCUGUUAGCCCCCCUUUUCCACUAAAAAACCUGACCACAUACAAAGAGAAGAUUAUCCUGGAGUGUGCUUUAGGUUCAGCUCUUGGGUUCUGGGCAGUUCUUGGGUACAUUGGCCUAUUGGCCGUCUUUUGUUUCGUGUUAGCUGUCCUGGCUCGAAAACUACCUGACAAUUUUAACGAAGCCAAGCUCAUCACCUUCAGCAUGUUGAUAUUCUGUGCAGUCUGGAUCACAUUUAUCCCAGCUUACGUCAGCUCACCUGGUAAAUUUACUGUGGCUGUGGAGAUAUUUGCCAUCCUGGCCUCCAGUUUUGGACUAUUUUUAUGUAUUUUUGCUCCAAAGUGUUUCAUCAUAUUGUUUCGGCCAGAGAAGAACACCAAGAAACAAUUAAUGAACAAAAAUCAAUCCUAGUGCAUCUAAGGUUAGGAAAAAGUGAAAGAAAGAAAAUAAACAUACAAAAUGUCCUUUUUAAUUAGUACAAAAUGACAAAUAAAGCCAAAUAUGUGGCGGUGGUGGUUAUAAGCAACAAAAAAUGUGAGAGUUGUUUUUAAAUGUAUAAAAUAAAACUCAAACAUGAGGGUUGUACCAUAUUACAAUUAAAAAACAUCUGGUAACAUCAGUUAUUAUCGUUACUUUGUAUGUAUAGUUUAUCUGUCCAGAUGAACAGAUCAACAAAGACAAACAUCAGCAGACAAACCAAUGACCAUCCAAGGCAAACAGACCAACAAAAACAGGCCACAUCUGCCGUUUACUGUUUUUGUGACAUCACAAUUUAAAUCACCAAUGAAAUGAAGUCCUAAGGAAUAAAGUUUUAUAUAAUCCA